GGGACCGACUUGCAUGGAUAUUUUGGAAGUUUUCAAAGUGGUCCAGUAUACUGAUUUCUUUCUCUCUUUAUCCUUUAGAAGAUUAUAGGAUUUUCUCUCUUAUUCACCUUGCAGAACCCACCAAUUCAAGUUGAGUUAUGGAGUAUGGUAUUAUUACAGCAAGCAUUAUUCUUGUUUCUGCAAUUGCAAUUGCACUUCAAGUGUUCUUCUUCUCUCCAAUAUCUCCAGAGCCACUGAUAUUACCUCCUUCACCACCCCUUUUCACCCCUAACAACCAUUUACAGGGAGUGAUUAAGAUUGGGGAAGGGAUAGUGAAGAAACCAGAAGAUGUGUGUGUGGACCAAAAGGGUAUGCUUUACACAGCUACCAGAGAUGGGUGGAUCAAAAGAUUGCAUACAAAUGGAACCUGGGAGAACUGGAAAAAGAUACAUAACAAAGAUACUUUACUUGGUUUGAUAAUCACAAGGGUUGGUGAUCUAGUUGUGUGUGACACUGAAGAGGGUUUGAUUAAGGUUGGUGAAGAUGGUGAAGUGACAGCUUUAGCAACUCAUUUGAAUGGUGAGAAAAUAAGGUUUGCAGAUGAUGUUGUGGAAGCAGAUGAUGGUAGCUUAUACUUCAGUGUUGCUAGCACUAAAUUUGAGUUGCAUAACUGGCACCUGGAUGUGCUGGAGGCAAAACCCCAUGGUCAGCUUCUCAAAUAUGACCCAUCCACAAAGGAAACAUCAUUAGUGCUAGACGGGCUAGGCUUCGCAAAUGGUGUGACCAUCUCUUCGGACCAAGAGUUUUUGGUCGUAUGUGAAACAUGGAAAUUUAGGUGCCUCAAGUACUGGCUAAAAGAGGAAAUGGGAGGGAAAGUUGACGUUUUUAUCGACAAUCUUCCUGGUGGACCAGACAACAUCAAACUUGCUCCUGAUGGAUCAUUUUGGAUAGCUAUACUUCCGUUGACUUCGAGCAGGAUGAAAUUUAUACAUUCUUCCAGAGCAAUUAAACAUCUUCUGGCAACAUUUCCAAAGCUGUUCGAGCAAGUUAAAGUGCUUGACAGAAGUGCAAUGGUAAUAAAUGUGGGGAGUGAUGGAAGGAUUAUCAAGAGAUUGGAUGAUCCUAAUGGACAGGUAAUGGCCUUUGUUACAUCGAUCCUGGAGUUCGAGGGAAAUCUUUACUUUGGAAGUUUGUAUAAUGAUUUCAUAGGCAAGUUGCCAAUUGAAACUGCAUCCUGAAUGGCUUCACGGGAGGGUUUUUAUCAUAAGGCUAUCCUUCGAUAACUACAUUUAGGCGAUUGUGAUCUUUAAAUGUAAAAGAAACCCUCAAACAAAGCAGUAAUGAUGUAAUAUGAACAAGUAUGACUAUUAAGAUGAAUAUUACUUGAGAAAAAGAAAAASAAAAACAAACCCAUUUUUGGCAA